GACAGAUAAAAGGAGCAAGAUUCUUCCUGCAGCUUUAGAAGUGAGCUACCACUAUCUUCCUGCACACUUGAAAAAGUGUUUUGCUUAUUGUUCAAUAUUCCCAAAAGGUUAUUUAUUUAAAAGACAGGAGUUGGUCUUAAUAUGGAUGGCAGAAAAUCUCGUGAUGCAUCAGAGGGGAAUAGAAGAAUGGAAGAAGUUGGUGAUGAGUAUUUCGAUGAACUAGUAUCUCUGUCAUUUUUUCAAGCGAACACCGACUACUCGACUGAUUCUUAUUUCGAUAUGCAUGAUCUUAUAGUAGAUUUGGCUAGAGCUGUUUCUGGAAAAUAUUGUUGUUUGUUAGAGCAUAAUGAAGAUAUUGAUAAGUUUGAGAAGAAGACUCGUCACCUUGGAUGUGCCACGGAAGUCCUUUGUUAUGGUGAUAAGAUAUCUACUUAUGAUUUUAAAGCUACUCGUUUGCGAACCCUUUUGUCAAUAAGAUCUGGUUUUGGUGGUUCAUUGGUUCCUAAGGAAGUAGUGCACGAUUUGCUGCCGAAGUUGAAGUGUUUGAAAGUUUUAUCUUUUCAUGGUAGUAAUAUCACUGAUUUGGCCGAUUCAAUCGGUGAUCUAAAAUAUCUUCGUUAUUUAGACCUUUCUGGCACCAAGAUUGUGAUGUUGCCCGAAUCUGUAACUGUAUUGUACAAUUUACAGACAUUGAAAUUAGAAAAUUGUUAUCAACUUCAAACUCUGCCUAAAGAUAUGCAUCAUCUCAUUAAUUUGAGACAUCUUAUUAUCAGCAACGCUAGCCUAGUAGAUAUGCCGAGCCAAAUAAGUAAAUUGAUGAAUCUCCAAAUGUUGACAACAUUCGCUGUGGGAAAGGAUAGUGGUGCUAAAAUAGAAGAGUUGGCAAAACUUCCGAGUCUACAAGGAGAGCUUUCCAUUAAGAAGUUAGAAAAUGUGGCCAAUAUUACCAAAGCAUCGGAUCAAGUCAAUGUACUAAAUAAGAAGCAACUUGAGAAAUUGAGUUUGGUAUGGACUGCUGAUGAUGUUGUUGUUGAUCCAAAACAUGGAGAGUGUGUGCUUGAAAUGCUUUCACCUAACACAAUGUUGAAGCAGAUCAAGAUUCUUGGUUAUCCAGGCACAAAAUUUCCAAAUUGGGUUGGGGAUGAUUCAUUCAGCAACAUUGUUGAAGUAAGGCUUGAUACGUGUCGACGUUGCUCCAAUCUACCUCCUCUUGGACAACUGCCUUCACUAAAAAUUCUUUACAUUUUAGGUUUUGAUUCAGUAACGACUGUGGGUGCUGAGUUUUACGGGAAUAGUACUGCGAAGAAGAAGCCAUUUUCAUCAUUGGAAACCUUAAGCUUCAGCAGGAUGUCAUCAUGGGAGCAAUGGCAUUCAAUGCAAACUGAAGAUGCAGCAACAUAUGGAAAGCUCAAAACACUUUAUAUUUCUAAUUGUCCUAAGCUCAUUGGGGAUUUGCUUCGAUUCCUUCCUUCAUUAACAAAGAUUGAAAUUGAUGCAGAUAAGCAGUGUGCUUUAAAUAUCCCAAGAUUACUUUGUGUCACAGAAAUGAGGAUUAAAAAAUUGGAAAAUGUGGAAUCAUUGUACGAGGCAAUAAAGGCAAUGAAUCCUUCUUCUUCGACUGGAAGUUUGCUUACCACUCUCACUCCUCUUCAGUCACUUACUUUGAGUAACUGUGGGUCAUCCUUUAGAUCCUUCCAUAUGGGUUUAUUUCCCACUCUCCGAACUCUUGAAAUAAGCUACUGCGAUUACUUUGAAGCCCUCUCAAUGUCUGGUGGUCAAUGUCAGGAACUAACUUCUCUGUCUAUCUCUUGUUGUGAUAGCUUUGUGUCUUUCCCAAAUGGUGGACUUAUUGCUCCCAAACUGAGAAUAUUUUAUAUUUUUCUUUGCCCUAAAUUGAAGUGGUUGCCUGAGAAGAUGACUUCCCUCUCAUCUUUGAAAGAUUUGACAAUCAGAGGUUGUCUGUUGGUAGAGACUAUUCCUGAAGGUGGUCUGCCCAUUAGUUUGUCUAAACUUUGGAUAAACUAUCAUCAACUUUUGAGGAUGAAAUGGAAUCGGCAAACAUUACCCCAUCUCAGGAAUGUUACAGUUGAAGGAUAUAAAGAAGAUUUGGAAUCAUUUCCGGAGGAAGGACUACUGCCUGCCACUAUCACCUCUCUUUCUAUCAAUUACUUUCCAAAACUUAGAGGCCUGGACAAAAAUGGGCUGAGUCAACUCACCUCCUUGCAACAACUUCACAUCUGGCGGUGCUCUGAGUUGCAGACAUUAUCAGAAGAAGGGUUUCCAACCUCCCUCAGCUCUUUGCAGAUAUGGUAUUGUCCUCUGCUGAAGAAAAUUUACGACACAAAGGAGAGUGAGAAUAAGGAGGAGUACUCGAGCAAGAUUAGUCACAUGCCACGUGUUGUAUUUUAUUGAGCUUGCAUUUACCAUACGUCACAUCCCAAUCUUUCGCACAACUACUCUGAAUGUUAAAUCAAAUAACUGAGUUAUUGCAGAAUUACUAUGAGAGCUACAACUGUUGAAAUCCAUAUCAGUUCAGAAUGGACCAAAAUAUCAAAAUGGGAACUCAGAACAAUAUAUUCACAGCUAGAUCAGCUUCUAUCAUGGAGUAAUUUUAUGUUCACAAGUCUAUGGAUUCAUUUCAAGAGAUGGAAGUGUAAUAACCCGGAAUUUUUUUUUUAUUUUAUUUUACAUUUUAUUUUAUGUAAGACAAAUUUUGUGAAUUAAUUUUUAUUAAGAGUUCGAAUAAUAAUUAGUGAAUAUUAUUUUAACUAAAUUUUAACUUAGAGGUCUGAAUAAAAAUGGGCUUAAACAUGGCCACCGUUCCUUUUUGUCGAACAGGGCUGACUUGGUUUUGCAGGAGUUUAGAGAGGAAAACUCUUAAGAAUUUUGAUUGAUUAUCGAAAAAGAAAUAUACAGCUAGCUAUAGGAAUUUUUUUUUUU